GGCGCCGUUUCCGGUCGGCUCGUGCUUAACGUGUUCACAGUUGUCACCCUCAGAGUUAAAGAGCAGCGGAGAGAGGACGAACUGACCCGAACUCUCUGCCCGACCCGAACGCCGCCCGAACACCGCGGGCUCGAGACGCCGUCCGGUUGUGUUUUCCCGCUCCGCUCGAACCAAACUUCCUGUAUGAAGUUACCGUUUUGUCGCCGCUCCGCCGCCUCCAGGCUCCAGCUUCUCUCCGGUGGAAAUCCUGUUUAUCCGGCUGGAAAUGAGGUUCCAGUGACCGAGAGGGAGUCCGAGCCGAGCCGAGCCGAGCCGAGCUACACUAAACUAGACUAACCCAGACUAACCCUGCUGAUGUGUCGGGUUAACAGAGCCGCGGACAGAGAGAAUGAGAAGAUGAAGCGGGCUCUGUGGAUUCUGGUGUUUUUCCUGGGGAGUUUUGAACGGAGCUGCGGCAGCGGUGUGGUGUUUACGAAGCACCCGUCCAAUCAGACGGUUUCUCAGGGGAACGCGGCGAGGCUGGGCUGUGCCGUUCAGGGCGUGGCCGAGCCAGAGAUCGUGUGGAUGAAGGACGGAGAGAAACUGUACAGCACCGACCAGAUGUUCAUCACACUGGGGGAGCAGCACUGGGAGACCUUCCACAGUGUGAAGUCGGUCCAGCAGCAGGAUGCGGGUCAGUACUGGUGUGAAGUGGAAUUCCGCGGUCUGAUGUUCUCGUCUGAGCGAGCCUGGAUCACCGUGGAAGGUGUCCCUCACUUCCUGCAGGAGCCUCAGGACGUGGCCACAUUCCCCAACGCUCCCUUCAACCUCACCUGUGCGGCCAUCGGCCCCCCUGAGCCCGUGGAGGUACUGUGGUGGCUGGGGGGGGUCCAGGAGGGAGAGCCCAGACCGUCGCCCUCUGUCCUCCACGUCCAAGGUGUGAACAGCAGUGUGAAGUUUUACUGUGAAGCCAAGAACACCAGAGGGAUCUCAGUCUCCAGAACCGGAACAGUUCACAUCAAAGUGUUGCCAGGGGCUCCGGUCGAGCUCCAUGUCCUGAGGAUGGUGGACAACAACAUCACGUUGUCAUGGAAACCAGGAUUCACCGGUCACUCUGAGCUGUCCACCUGCAUCGUCCAGGUGUGUCGACGGGCCGUCAGGAGGUGGGACCUCCCUCAGCAGGAGGUCCAGGUUCCUCCUCACCUCCUGGUCCUCUCAGGUCUGAGGAGUCACUCUAACUACAGCGCCAGGGUCUCCUGUGUCAACGAGGUGGGGGCAUCUCCUUUCUCCCCCUGGCUGCACUUCCACACGCCUGAGUCAGUGCCCUCGGUGGCCCCCAGGAACCUGACCUUUGACCUGUCGGAGCAGCAGCUGUCUCUGAACUGGGCGAAGCUUCAGGAGGACGAGCUGCAGGGGAAACUGUUAGCCUACAAGGUGCAGUGGACUCUGGGAGGAGAACCACAGGAGCCUCUGCUGUUUAAGGGGAACUGGGCUCAGCUGUCAGGAGGAGGUCGCUUCUUUAACGCCUCCUUCCAGGUGUCGGCCUGCACCUCAGUGGGCUGUGGUCCCUGGAGCCGCCCGGUGCUGGUUCUGCCGGCCUCAGUGCAGGUCCAGGUCCCACGGAGCCACAUGUGGGUCGGGGUUCUGCUGGGUCUGCUGGUGGCCACUGUGGUGGGUCUGCUGCUCACUGUCCUUGCUCACCACCGAGGAAAAGAGACACAGUUUGGCUCAGUCUUUAAGCCUCCAGGUCCUGAGAGCUCCGUCUCCUUCACAGCAGCUCGGUCCUUCAACAGGAACUGUUCUGAACCGCAGGAGUCCACAUUGGACAGUCUGGGUAUAAACAACGACCUGAAGAACAAACUGCAGGACGUCCUGAUCCCAGAGAGACUCAUCACACUGGGACACAUGCUGGGGAAAGGUGAGUUCGGCUCAGUACGUGAGGCAUUCCUGAAGACUCCUGAGGACACGUCGGUCCAGAAAGUCGCAGUCAAAGUCCUGAAAUCUGACAUCACCUCGUCAGGUGACAUCGAGCAGUGUCUGAAGGAGGCGGCCUACAUGAAGGACUUCCACCACCCCAACGUCAUCCAGCUCAUUGGAGUGAGUCUUCACCGGCGUCCGGGCCAGAGGCUGCCGAUCCCGAUGGUGGUCCUGCCAUUCAUGAAACAUGGAGACCUGCACACCUUCCUGCUGCUGUCCAGACUGGGAGAGCAGCCAUUUGACCUGUCCCUGCAGACCCUGGUCCAGUUCAUGUUGGACAUCUCCCGGGGGAUGGAGUACCUGAGCAGCAGGAGCAUCAUCCACAGAGACCUUGCCGCCAGAAACUGCAUGCUGGAUGAGAACAUGACGGUGUGUGUGGCAGACUUCGGUCUCUCUAAGAAGAUCUACAGUGGAGAUUAUUACAGACAGGGCUCCGUCUCCAAACUGCCUGUGAAGUGGAUCGCUCUGGAGAGUCUGGCCGACAACGUCUACACAACACAGAGCGACGUGUGGGCGUUCGGUGUGACAAUGUGGGAGAUCAUGACUCGUGGUCAGACUCCGUACCCCGGGGUGGAGAACUCUGAGAUCUACGAGUUCCUGAUCAAAGGAGAGCGACUGAAGAGACCUGCAGACUGCAGGGAGGACAUUUACGACAUCAUGCACAGCUGUUGGAGUCCUGUUCCUAGGUGUCGUCCCAGUUUCCAGCAGCUGGUGGAGCAGUUGGAGUCUUUGUGGCUCAGCCUGUCCCCCACCCCCCAGAAGGAGCCCCUACUCUACGUCAACCUGGAGGGGGGGGGGGCUGGGCAGGGAGGGAGGAGGACGAGUGAGCGCCCUGGGCCCAGAGGAGGCAGCAUCAGCUGGAGUGUCCCCUGGCAGCGGCGGGCGGAGGACGAGGAGAAGGAUUGGCUUAUGGUGGGGUCGGGGGCGGCGCUCGCCAUCGGAGGAGACUACAGGUACAUCAUCGGCCCCUGUGGAGGCCCUGAGGGAGAGGAGGGGGAGGGGGAGGAGGAGGAGGGAGGGAGGAGGAGGAGGAGGGAGUCGAUGGACACUUUACAGGAGGAGGUGAGGGACGCGGAGGACGAGGAUGACAUCGUCAUUAACGUCUGACAGAGACUGACCAAUCACAGCACUCCCACCUGAUUGGCCCGUUAGUCAGCUGACCAGAGAGAGGCGCUUGGUUUACUGCACCAAGCAGCAGCAGGAGGGCGGAGACUGAACUUUGAGCUCAGACUGAAGGUACUGUCUGUCAGAGUAAUCUCAUUACACACACCUGUCACACCUGGUCACUGCCUCUGACACAAUCAGCACAAACACACACUCUGCUGCAGCUAAUGAUUACUCUUGUCAUCCAUUGAUCUCCUGAUCAGUUCCCUGAUCGAUUAUUGAUAAAUGUCUCAGAGGAAACAGGAAGUCUGCUCUGCAGCUGGAACCAGACUGAUCAGUUCUUAAAACAGGUUCUGAUUAUUUUUCUGAUGAUUGACUCAUCAACUAAUCAACUAAUCAAUAAAUCAAUCAAUCAAACAUCAGACUGAGUCAACAGUCGACCUGAGACGGAGCUCAAAAUCACUUUAUUUCACUGAACACAACAACACAAGAAGAAGGAACGACAACAUCAGAACAUUAGAACCACGUUAGAAUGACAGUAAAGUCCUCAGGUUGUGUUGGAUCAAACGGGUCAACAACUGUCUGUCUUUAUGAAGCUUUUACUGUGAAAUCUGAGGCUACAGAGGAAACUGGUCCUUCAAAAUAAGAGCUCUACUUUGGAUAUUUGUUGGAGGACAGACUCAGGAUGCUGUCCUGUACUAGACUAGACUGGACUGGACUGGGACAGACCAGUUUGUACAGUAACUGUUCAGUUUGACACUGAGAUCAUGACGAGUUCAGAUAUCUGACAUUGUUUUCGUCUUUGAACGCACCAUGUGGCCUCUGUUAUUCUGUUACCUCUGUUAGUUCCUGAGCUUUCGGCACAGAUCCUGGUCUUCUUCCUCACUCCACCAUGUGAUGAUGAAACGUCUCUUCAGGACCUGAAGAGUCCAGGAGAGGUGGGUGAAAGCUCAGGAACCUUUAAACUGAACUGUUUCUGUUGAACAUGAAGCAGAUCAGAGUCACAGUCUCAACAACUCAUCAAUAAAUCAUCUGAUCAGCUGAUCAAUAAUCUGCUCAGUGUUUGAUCACUGGAGUUGUUGUUGCUGAGACGUCUGAGGACGUUUCUACUGUUCCUCUGGUUCACAGUGAGACUGACUGGUCAUGUGAUAGAUACAGAUCAAUAAUUAAUUAGAGGUCAGAGGUGACUGACAGCUGCUCUCAGCUGCAUGAUCAAUACUUCCUGUCUGAUGAUUGAUUAGUUGAUUGAUAAAGAGAACGGAUGUUUUUAUUUUCACACUUUGAAGAGAAAACCAUUGACUGGGAGAAAAAUCAGCAGAUUAAUCAAUCAACUAUAAUCAAUAACAGUCAGUUCACCCUUUAACUGAAAAUGUAACAAAUUUACUAUGAAUCAGGUUUAAAACAUAUUCUUUAACGUUGAUCAGUGGAAGUGAAGGAUUCUGGGACGUUGUCAGGAGUUAUUUGAUCGAUUGGAUGAAAACAUGAUGAAAAUAAGCUGCAGUCGUAUUAACAACAUUAAUAAUGUGUUUGUUGUGAACUUGUAGAGUCAGGAUCCGGUUUCCGAAGUCUUAAUGAUUUCAGUUUUUAUUGAACCUGUUUUUAAUGGGCGGGGGGGGGGGGGCUGGUCUACGUCAGUCCGGCCCUGACUGCUGCUGUAAAUACUGUUUCUAACACUGACACUGGUGGUUUCGUUUCCUGGGACCACAGUGAACUGGACCAAACCAGGUCUCCUCCAGGUCUCUGUGGAGGUCUAAUGAUCCGGUUCAGGUCGUGUUGUCUGACUGCUGGGAUGUUUUUAAUGUGUCACAUUUUAAUGAUUAAACUUGAAGUUGUCACUUCCUGUUGUUGUGUCCUCACCUGUCUGACCCCACACCUGUACAGAGACCUCACCUGUGAAUAAAGUCUGACCUGUGUCACUGA